UUUGGCCCAACCCGUUUACACUUACCUCCAUCAAAUAAAAACCCUAGACGCAGCCGCUCUUAUACAACUACUCUAUUCUACCACAUCUGAGUCUCUAUCCGAAGCCACUUGAGAGAAAAUGGCGGUGCCUCUGCUCUCAAAGAAGAUCGUGAAGAAGAGGGUAAAGAAGUUCAAGAGGCCUCAGAGUGACAGGAAAAUUUCCGUCAAGACUAACUGGCGCAGACCAAAGGGUAUCGAUUCCCGUGUUAGGAGAAAGUUCAAGGGAUGCACUUUGAUGCCAAACAUUGGUUAUGGUUCAGACAAGAAGACCCGCCACUAUCUCCCUAAUGGUUUCAAGAAAUUUGUUGUUCACAAUGUGAAGGAUUUGGAACUGCUCAUGAUGCACAACAGGACUUACUGUGCUGAGAUUGCCCACAAUAUAUCCACAAGAAAGAGAAAAGAUAUAGUCGAGAGAGCCGCGCAGCUUGAUGUUGUUGUGACAAACAAAACUGCCAGAUUACGCAGCCAGGAGGAUGAAUAGUCUAAAUGACUGAAAAAGUCACUUAUCUGUAGUGAUUCUGUAGUUCAAUAUCGAAGUUGCAGUUUAAUUUUAAAUUGAAUUUUGCUUCAGUGUAUUUUGCUUAUUGGGAACCAGGUUUUUUGAUGUGCCUCUUUCAUGUAAGUCGUAUCUUGAUUUGUUUUUAGGAACAAAAAUAUACGAAACCUUAAUCUUUGGCUGUGUGAUAACGUUGAUGAGUUUUUUUUGGGGGUC